AUGAGUCGAUAAGUAUAUGUUGGGCGUCUGAGUUCCAGGAUCCGAAGAGAGCACCUUCAAUAAGAGUUUGAGAAGUUCGGCAAAAUCAAGGACAUUGAUUUGCGAAACACUCAUGCUUUUGUUGAGUUUGAAAAUGGAGAUGAUGCCAAGGCAGCCAUUUCAAAAAUGGACAACAAACGAUUGAAUGAAGGCAGUGAUCGUAUCACAGUCAAACCAAGAGAUGAUCGACCGUAAGGUGCAAGAGGACCCACAUCCAGAGACGUAUGUUUCAAUUGCGGCCGCAAAGGACAUUGGGCAAACGAAUGCAAAGAAGGGGACUUGCGAGACACUUGUUAUCGUUGCUAUAAAAAGGGUCAUGUACGCAAGGAUUGUCCAAAAUCAAGGUCGCCUUCAGAGAAGAGAAAGUACACUCAAAUUUAAUAUGUUGUAGUCGUCGAGACAAAGACAGGAAGCGAAGGAGAUCUUCAUCUUCCUCCUCCAAGUCUUCUGAAUCCUCCAAGUCCAGAAGAAGAUAUCGAUAAUAGUAGAAACAGCAGAAGAAACCAACCAGGAGGUCCCCUUCCUCCAGCGAGAGCAGAUCCAAAGCAUCGAUGUCUUCGCAAAGCUCCAGGUAUUUAAAAAUUAUUAGUAUAAUUUAAGCAAAUAACCAUGAUUUAAUGA